AUGAAUGAAUACAAGAUAGUUUUUAUAGUUUUAUUUCUUUAUGGCUGCUAUAAUUUGAAUUACUUCUAUAAUUAAAACAUUUUGAAUAAAUUAAAUGUUUCUUUCUAUUUAGUAGUAAUUUGCUUUGCUAUUUAUGGCUUCUUUUAUAUAGGUAGCGAUAGCAAUAUAUAAUCAACUAGAAGUCAAAAAUAAUCAAACAAUAUUUAAAAUAAUUAGAAAAAUAAAAUAAAUAACCUUUAAAAUGAGGUAAAAAUUAUUAAAAUAUCUCAAGAUAAGUAUGAAACAAUACUUAAAAAAUUAUAAUUUGAUGACCAAGUUCUUUAAAAUAGCAAAUUCUCCCUGGAAAGUAUUUACAAAGUAAAAAAUAAAGCAAUUAAGAAGAGAUUUCUAGAGUACUAAAAAAAUAAGACAGAAAAAGUUAAACUUUUUGGAUAAUGCGGUCCUGCUUAUACAAAUUUUGGAUAUCAUGGAACUAAAAAAACAUGUGUUGGAUUUGAAAAAAUUUGCACUAUAAAGGAUGAUUGUCCUUUCUGCAGUAUUCUAACGUUUGGGUUUAGAAACGCAUUUUCAGGCAAAAGCAUGAGUCUUAUAUUAAGAUAUGGAAAAGGUACAUACUUUAGUCCAAAAUUAUAAAAAGCUCUCAAUUAUUGCCAGUCAGAUUAAAAAAUAAUAUUAGCAUGUAAAAUAGUAAUGGGUCGUGUUUUUAAGCCAUCUUGCAUCGAUGAUUAUUUUAUGUAAUUUGAUGGAAGUAAGUAUGAUUGUAUUGAUGCAGAUCCUCAAUAUACUAUUGAUAUUAGAGAUCCAGAAAUAUGCAUUAAAAAUGAGAAAGCUUGUUUACCAAAAUAUAUCUUAGUUUUUAAAUGA